AUGCCUGUAAGUGAUGAGCGGGUAAAAGCUACAAGGAAGAUUGCAGACGUUGUGCGUCGUGCCUCUGGGCCCGUGGUUGUACUUCCUGAAGGAGCAAGAAGCAAUGGCAAGGCUGUGCUGAGAUUCGUCCCUUUGCUGCAAAAUCUGCCAGUCAAAGUGCGUUUGCACCUCGUGGCAUUCCGAUACGAAUUCAAACAUUUUAGUCCAUGUCAAACUGUUGGUGGCGCCUGGUCUCAUCUCUUUUGGACUGCGUUUCACGUCUACCACUCCAUGCGUGUAAUAGUGUUAAGUGCUAAGGAUCUUUAUCUGGAUGAUGUGACACAAAUGAAAUUAUCUAGCAGCAAGAGCAGCAAAAAGCAGGACUCACAAACGUUGUCGACAGACCAAGUGGAGAAAUUGCGAUUGCUUCUCGCUGCAAUGCUGCGCACAAAGACGGUCGACAUGGGACCCGAAGACCUCGUUACUUUUAAUAAUUACUGGAAACACUUGAACAGUGGAGGACGUCAGCCGGCGUCACAGUUUACAGAUCGCAAGGCUCCUCAUGAACAUGCCCAAUGGACUAGAAAAUAG